AUCCACAGGAAAAGGAUGGAGAAAGACCUUCUGGAGCUGCAGACUCUGAUUGAUGUCCACUUUGAGCAGAGGAAGAAAGAGGAAGAGGAGCUGAUUGGACUCAAAGACAGGAUUGAGAACCGCCGGGCAGAAAGAGCUGAGCAGCAGCGUGUGAGGGCUGAAAAAGAGCGGGACAGACAGACACGGAUUGCAGUGGAGAGACAGAGGAAAGAGGACGAAGAGGCCAAGAAGAGGGCAGAGGAUGAGGCCAAGAAGAAGAAAGUGCUCUCCAACAUGGGAGCUCACUUCGGAGGGUUCCUGGCCAAGGCAGAGCAGAGGCGUGGCAAAAAGCAAACUGCGAGGGAAAUCAAGAGGAAGACUCUGUCAGAGAGACGCAAGCCGCUGGCUAUUGAGACCCUGAGAGAGGAUGGCCUGAGAGAGAGAGCCAAGGAGAUGUGGGAAUGUAUCUACCAGCUGGAGUCAGAGAAAUUCGACCUGACUGAAAAGACGAAGAGGCAGAAGUAUGAGAUCAACGUCCUCCUGAACAGACUCCAACAUGCUCAGAAAUUCAAAAAGGUCCACGGUAAGGGGAAGGUCGGAGGACGCUGGAAGUGAACUCUCAGAGGAGGCACGAUGAAACAAGAAGACAGUUCAAUAGAUUCUGGACAAGAUUAGAGAUUUUACGUUUGGCAUUUAUUACAAUACAUCCACUUGCAAUUGCAUCUG